AGUUUGUUUAGAGUCCACUUCCUGCUUUCACUCUUCCCUAUGUGAGUGGCCUAACAAGUUAGUUUUUUGUGAAUCAUGUUCACAGUGUUCUAGAAACAGUGUGAAUGUAAGUGAACCAGAUCUUAGGACUGUGACCCUUGAUAGCUCAUGGGAAGACAGAGGUCUGACCUUCUAGCACUGAGACCACCAACUGGGAUGCAGCUUUUCUGUGUGAGCAUCAAGACCCUUCUUCUCUCAGUUCUGCUUCCCUGGCCAGGUGCAGGAUGUAUCAUGUUGAUUGAUUUGCAGAUAGUGAACCAACCCUGCAGCCCAGAAAUGAGUCCUACCUGAUCAUGGGCAAUUUCAUGUGAUAGGACCAAGAGCACCAGUCAUUGCUGUGGUUGGGGAGGAGGCUGUGUUGUCCUGUCACCUCAGCCCAUCAAUGGAUGCUCAAGACAUGGAGGUGACAUGGUACCGAAAUGAUCUUUCAGGCCUGGUACAUCAAUAUAGGACUUCCCAGGAUCAUUUGGAGCACCAGAUACCAGAGUACCAAGGGAGGACAGAGUUCCUGAAGGACAAUAUUACCAAAGGGCACGUUGCCCUAAGGAUCCACCCCAUCCGACCUUCAGAUGGAGGGGAGUAUGGGUGUUUCUUCGAAAGCUCCACAUUCUACAGUGAAGUACAAUUUGAAAUGUUGGUCACAGUCUCAGGUAUGGCUCCUCAUAUUCACAUUGAGCCUGGCAAUAACAGAGACAUUAAGGUGACCUGCAUAUCCACUGGGUGGUUUCCAGAGCCUGAGAUACAAUGGAAGGACCCUCAAGGAUUGCACUUGGCACCAGCCUCUGAGACAAAGAGAAUAGAAGAAAAUGGAUUGUUUCAUGUGGAAUCAUCUAUCACAAUGGAUACAAGUUCAAGAACAGAAGUAUCUUGUGUUAUAAGGAACCUAAUACUCAGUGUGGAGAAGGUGGUGCUUGUAUCCAUGGCAGAUGCCUUGUUCCCCAAGGACUCUCUUUGGGCAAUGUGGCUUACUCUUGUCCUGUUUCUCCUAGCUGUUGGUGCAACCAUCUGUCUUCUACUUGUGCGUGCUAGAAAAUCCAAAGGUAAACUCCAGGAAAAAUAUGGUAAGUCAUUUAUUACCUCCUUAUAUUUAUCAGAUUUAUCACAGUAUCUAGAGCUCAGGGGUUUUUCUUCUUUAAGCAUAGAUUUCCAAGGAAAACAGUCAGUAAAAAUAGAAGGAAAUAAAUACCAAUUAGGAAUCUGGGAUUGUGUAUUCCCUUCCCCUUUGUCUUCAUUAGCUUGUUCAAGUGUCCAUGACCUCUGUUGGGUCAUUGUGCUUAUAAACCCUUGAGGUUUGCCAAUAUAUCUUUGAUUCUACAGAGAGGACACGCCGGUUAAUACCUGGGCAAAGUAGAAAAGCAAGGUCUGCAGUAAACCCACCAGGAAUCCUGAACAAGCGCAUGGCACUACAUUUCAAUGCAGAGCACAGCCUGGUCCACCAUCCAAAUGUCUACUAAAGUUAGCUAUUCUCACUUUUUGUUGAUUAGAUUGCAGUGUACCUUUUACUUGCUAAUCUGCUUUCAUUGGAAUUGAGAAAAGGGAGCUUGUGUCAAAUGCACCUCUAGAACCUUUUUUCUCUUCUGCAUUUUCAAAACAUCCUCAUGUAUUGAGGAUUCUU